GUCUUAUCAAUACACAGCCAGGCUGUGAAUUAGUUUGUGAACGCCGUGGACGGUUAAAGUUCUCGACAUGUUUGUUACUUUGCUAUUAGCUGUGCUMGUUUCUGUGUGUUUACAAGUCGAUUCACGCACAGUUAAUUGGGCGCGAACCUUGCAAGAUGAAAACUGGAUGCACCAUAAUUACGACACCAUGACAGCCUUGUUGAAGCAAUUGCACAAAGAUUAUCCCAAGCUUACACAUCUUUACAGCAUCGGGAACUCAGUACAAGGAAGAGAGUUGCUUGUGAUGGCGUUGUCAGCUAGUAACCCCGACAAACACGAACCUGGUAAGCCUGAGUUUAAAUAUGUUGGAAAUAUGCAUGGCAACGAAGUCGUUGGUAAGGAACUGUUGCUGAAACUGGCCAAAUAUCUUACUGAGAACUACCAAAAAGAUGACACGGUAACAAAGCUAAUGAACACAACGAGAAUCCAUUUAAUGCCCUCAAUGAACCCAGAUGGCUACGAACUUGCAUUCCAAGGGGAUAACAGGAAAAAUUGGGUUAUAGGAAGAAACAAUGCAAAUAAUGUGGACCUCAACCGAAACUUUCCAGAUCAGUUCGUUAAAACACCAACUAGUAAACCCGAACCCGAGACCGAAGCAGUCAUGAAAUGGAUCAACGAGAUCCCUUUUGUUUUAAGCGCAAAUCUUCAUGGUGGAUCAUUAGUAGCAAAUUACCCUUAUGAUGAUAGUCCGACCGGUCGAUCGGAAUACAGCGCUUCACCCGAUGACGAUGUUUUCCAGGAUUUAGCCAAAACCUAUUCAGAAACACAUCCAACUAUGCACUUAAAGAACCCUCCAUGGGACUGCCCUGAGGUCCCCCCGGAUCACUUUGAUGAUGGAAUAACAAAUGGGGCUAAAUGGUAUAGUGUGUCAGGGGGAAUGCAGGACUAUAACUAUGUUCAUUCUAACGACUUUGAGGUCACCAUUGAGCAAGGAUGUAAAAAGUUCCCUGAAGCCUCAGAAAUGCCAAGGUACUGGAAGGAGAAUAAAGACGCUUUGCUGGCAUUUGUCGAUAAGGUCCAUGAAGGUUUUAAUGGGUUUGUAAAAGACGCCAACGACGUUCCGAUUCCCGGCGCUAGAAUAUCAGUAGUCGGUCACAAGAAAGAUAUAGUCACGGCAGCUGACGGUGACUUCUGGCGAUUAUUACUUCCUGGAACCUACAAAGUGAGGGCCUCAGCGGAAGGUUUCAAAUCAAAAGUCAAAAAAGUGACGGUGUCUCAAGGUAAUCAGGGAGCUACGGUGAACUUUGUCUUAAAGAAAGGAAAAGACCCACCCAGACAGAACGACGAAGGAUCAAAAGGCAAAGAGGACGAAGGCUUUGAAGUGUCGCCAGAGGAUGUACAAAAGUUGAUGGGCCAGGGAGGUAUGGGAAUGCCUGGUAUGGGGGCACAAAUGGGCGGACAGAUGCCAGGAAUGGUGAUGGGUGGUGGUAUGAUGGGCGGUGGUGGAAUGGGUGGUGGUGGAAUGGGUGGUGGUGGAAUGGGUAUGCCAAUGGGUGGCCAAGGUACUAUGAUGAUGGGCGGAGGUGGAAUGGGUGGUGGUGGAAUGGGUGGAGGCAUGGGUGGUGGUAUGGGCGGAGGCAUGGGAGGAGGAGGCAUGGAUAUGAAUGGCAUGAAUGGAAUGGGAAUGGGUGGCGGAAUGCCAAUGAUGAACGAUGUUCCUAUGAAUAAUGAGGUCACCAUGAAACUGCAUGGCAAAGAAUCACACGGCAAAACCGAUCGUCUGAAUAAAGCAGUCUCAAGAAUCGAUGACUCCACCAACCUAUCGGAAGACAAUGCACUGUUAGUAGGAGGUCCAAUGAGGGACAGUGAUCUCGACAAGGAGGCCAUGAUGUCACCUUAUGAAGAGAAUUCUAAAGACACUGAAGGAGCCCGUGUACGAAUAUCGACAGAACCAAGUGAGACUGCCAGUCAAACAUUUGUAAAAAAGAAUAAAAUACCACAAAAAUCUUCGCAUCAUCAUCAUCAUCAUCACCAUCAUCAUGGUCAUCACCACCAUCACUGAAAGCACUGGUUCUGCUCAAAAAGCAUUGAAAAUAGAGAUCAGGCGCGAGAAAGACCUCCCCCCGUGGUCUCAGUCAGAACAAACCAAAAUAAGCUAUGACUAACAACGUUUUGAUAGAAAACUUGUCUUUAUAUAACAGGUUUUACCUGUUGUGAUUUUGUACCGCAUGCCGUUUAUUCUCUAAGGAUGACUGGCCUUUCGUUCGUGAUUUAUUCACUAGUGAAAUUGUCAAUAAAAGACUCUUACUUUGCUAAAUGUUGUGAUACGUUUCAAUCAAUGGUUGCUUACGAUCAUUAGCCCGUGAAAUAAAACAGGUUACAGUAUAAUGCUCAUGUGAAAUUCAAACAAAAAAGCAAGUUCAAACACGGGUAAAAUGCUACAUUCAAAUACUAAACUAGAAACGAACAAAAA